CUUGCUAUUUAGAUGCGAAGACGACUUUGGUUUCAGUUAAAAGUAACUUACUUCUAAUGCUGUAUUUUUCUCUUAGGGACUGAUUUGGUAGAGGGCGUUAAAAGUACAAAAGACAACAAUAACAGACGAACACUGAUUUCUGCAAUUCAACGGAAAUUCUCCGUUAACAUGUCCACACAGAGGGUGUUACUGGGUAAUAGAGUAUUCACUGGGCUUCACAGGCUCAUAUCUGCCAUUAAAAGACUUAAACGCUAAGAAGAGGCAGAACUGAAUUUAAAUUGUGACAUGCAUCACCAAAAAGCUCACCCCCUAUGAUUGUAAAGGUUGAUGAAAGGCUCUUACUGUCUUAUUAAAACUUCGAACCUCACAAAUACUGUAACACCAAAGAGAAAAGUAUGAAACUGCUCUUUUAUAGGAGAGAAAAAGUAAAAGAGAUCAAUUAUUCAGUUACACCAGUGACAGUUAUAUGUGCAAAGUGAACUGGUCUGGGCUAACAUCAUGUCACAUGCUUUGUCAUUGCUCUAUUGAUUGUCCCGACUUGAUUUAGGUCAGACCUGACACAUAUUGACUGAAUAAGAGACAGUCUCUAUUACAAUCUGCCCAGUCGAACACUAUAAAGCCUCUUUCGACAAGUGGAUGUUCAAAUGCAGCUCACACUCUUUAGGUAUUAAGUGAUAUGGCCUGUAUGAACAGGGCCUAAUGGAAUCCAUGGACAGUCUCUGAGUGAGGAGGAUGCUGAGCAGAACAGAACACAGAGGUGUGUGUAGGCUGCUAUCAUCAGUGAUGUCUGGAACAGAGUCUCAUACAGACAGAGAGGAGGACUACAGGUUCCUCCACAGCAUGUUGAUGGAGAAGAAGCUUCACCUGCUCUUUAAGAUCCAUGAGCGUCUGAAGCGUUUUGAGAAGCGAAGCCCCAUCCCCAUCCAAGAGCACGCAGCGAUUCUGGCCUCAGAUUUGGUGGAGGAGCUGAUAUACCAAGGCUGGAGAGAUGAAGUUAAAGAACUAGUUGCCCUCUUUUCCAAACCCCAUUUUAAGAGUCUCUUGUCUGUCCAUGACGCUGUAGCUCAGAGAGACUUUGAGCCUACUCUGCCACCAAUACCUGAUGAUGUACUGGAGGAGGAUGAGGAUUCAGUCAAAAUUGUCAGUCUGGUCAAAACCAAAGAGCCUCUGGGGGCGACAAUUAAGAGGGAUAAAUCGACUGGGGCUAUUAUUGUGGCGAGGAUCAUGAGAGGAAGUGCAGCUGAUAAAAGUGGCCUGAUCCAUGAAGGAGAUGAACUGAAAGAGGUGAAUGGAGUCUCACUGGAGCACAGAAAGCCAAAGGAAAUCCCUUCUCUUCUGGCUUGUUCUCAGGGUGAAGUUAAAUUCAAAAUCAUUCCUGCCUCCUCCAAGGAAGAAAUGUCAUCAAAUAAGAAGCUGUUUUUGCGAGCUCUUUUUGACUAUGAUCCUGAGGAGGAUCCCGCCAUUCCGUGCAAAGACGCAGCUGUAGCCUUUAAAAGGGGCGACGUCCUCCAGAUUGUCAGUAUGGAGGAUGACACCUGGUGGCAGGCCUGUCACUUCACUGGCAGCAGCACUCAGGCGGGGCUCAUCCCCUCACAGCAGCUCCAUGAGAGGAGAGUUGCACUACAGCGACCUAAAUCCCUGUUCAAGCCUCGACGAGCCAAACAACCAGUCAUGGAGGAUGUCGACUACAGAGCUAUUACAGGGAUCCACAUUGCUGGUUUAAGAAGGAGUUUCCGACUUGGGAGAAAGAGCAGUUGGGCCAGAGAAGCAGCUCGGUCCAGGAGGUGGAGCACGGGGGUACAUGGAUCAAUUCGUCCCCCUACCUACAUUGAGGUGAUCCCAUAUCACAGAGGACCCAAGGACAGACGCCGUCUGGUCAUUCUGGUUGGGCCUGACGGCGUUGGAGUUAAUGAACUGAAGAGGAGGCUCCUGAUAUCUAACCCCAACCGCUAUGGCGUCACUGUACCGCACACCACACGUGAGAAGAGAAGGCAGGAGGCCGAGGGAGUGGAUUAUCAUUUUGUAUCGAUUCACAUGUUUGAAGAAGACAUUCUCAAUCAUAGGUUUAUUGAAUAUGGGAGAUACAAUGGACACUACUAUGGCACAAGUCUAGACUCUGUGCACAGAGUAAUGGCUGAGGGCAAGGUGUGCCUCUUGAAUGUGCACCCCAGUAAAAUAAAGCAUGUGUACACAUCUGAAUUCAAACCAUACGUGGUGUUUGUGAAGCCCCCGCGUAUAGAGGAGCUACGCCUCACCAGACGGAGAGCUAAGUUCAUCUGCGACGAAGAGGACAAGAACUCAGUCAGGAUCUUUUCAGAGGAAGAUUUUGAGGACAUGAUUGACAUGGCUGAAACCAUGGAGAGCCAAUGCGGUCACUUGUUCGACAAGGUGAUCGUUAAUGGAGAUAUCGCCGUGGCAUUUAGAGAGCUGAAGGCAGACCUUGAGAAGGUUGAACAAGCACAAGUCCACUGGAUUCCUGCAGAGUGGUUCUGCUCCUCACCAACGAAAGCACGGAGAAGCUGUGGCCACUUGAGCGGCUGGAUUUAAAGUUUGAACACACAAAAAAAACGAAGGAAAGAAAGUCAAAACUAUAUUUCUUAAUUGUGUAUGUGGUAUGCAGUCUUAAUUUUUGUCAUAUUUGAAAGAUUUUUGCAUUUGUGAACAAGUCCUGUGAUUACCAGUCUUCCAUACUGUCCCUUAGUGUGUAUCUUAUUAGGCAGAGUGUCCACGUCCAUCUGUCUCAGAGCCAGUUUUUCUGUUGGCAUUUGGCUGAAAUAACGUCGGCUCGCAGCACAGAACAGGAAACUCUCCAGAGCUUGUGGCUGAGUGUAAUCCUUCCCUGCCAAGUCGCAAACAUCAGCAUGUAAUUAUUCUGACAGCUGCUGCACUUCAAUUAAGUGUAAUGCACACCAGAGAAAUAUUAUUAGUGGCAGUCAGCGAGACAUUUUGCCAGCAACAUGCUGUACAAAAUAGGGACAGAAAACAAGAUAACAGUCAAUUAUACUGUAGAUGAAGGAGAAGGAAAACCUGUUUUACGGCUGUAAGUUUCAGAAUUGUGUACAUACUAAAGAUGAGGAGUGCAGAUGCACAACUACACAACUACUCUAAUAUUCACUGUAGAAACAUGGUUGUUGAAUGUUUUUAUGGCUUGAAUUUGUUUAUUUUUAGACACCCUACACUGAGAAUUAAUUAAUUGAGAAGUUGUCUUUUUUAUAACAUAAACAUAUUGAGACAAUUAAAAAUAAUUGGCAGAAAUUCGCCAUUAGCAGAACUCCAUUAACAUACACUCAUAUAUGAGUAUCACAGCUGUCGAGUGCAGAUUCUGCUGUUCCACUAUACGCAAGCUGCUCAAUCUCAUUCUUUUUAAUGGCUGCAUUCCUCUACAUUCAUGGUAUUUCCUUCCUCUUUUUGGAUGCUGUGCUCAAUUGGGUGUGAAGGAGUGUUAAUGUGUCUAUCAUGUCGUGUUUGGGAGGAAGAGGGAGCUGCAUGAUGUGGGGAGACUGUAAUAGCUUUCAGGGGACUUUAGCCCUCGCAGAAAUACAGAGAGAAAGUUAUGACCAUACAUAAAAGCCUACUGUAAAAGCACAGUGAGGAUCUACAUAGUGGAUAAGGCUACAGGGAUUUUGUCUCAGGUAUUUAUUUUACUUUGGCAGACUUAAUGUCUGUGUCAAAUCACAACUAAGUACACAAAGAAGACAGUAGCAAAAAUGGAUGAGUGAAGAUGCACUCAUUUGUGUAUUUACAUGUCUCCUGAUCAUCAAAACACCCAAACCAGACCUCCAGGACCACAGUACCAUUUCUUCCAGGCCCGAAGCUUAACCUCAGCCAAAGCGUGGCAGUAUAAUUUCAUCACACUACUGAGAAUCUGCAGGCACCCUCUGAGAUCAUAACGAGGCCAUUUAAGACACCGGAGUGAUCCAAUGAAAAUCCACCGUUUUAUGUUCACUGCAGCACCCACUUCAAACAUUACACAGAAGUAUGAUGUCAAUUGGUCUCAGAUAAUUUGGCUCAAUCAUGUAACUGUUCAAAGUAUGUAAAAAAUAAAUACAACUGA